AUGGCGCAACGAGUCUGGUCCAGCGAGAUACACCAGCCGGUCGGCCAAAGCUCCGUCGAAAUCAGUGAUGAGUAUCUCGAGCAUUGCUGGUUCACUGAGGACGAAGUUCGCAGCGCUGCUCUAUACGUGAAAGGCACUCCACCGAGUCCUUUCGCUAUGCUUCUGGCCAAAAAGGACAUGGUUUUACUUGCCUUUGAGUUGUUCAGACAAUCCCAACGCCAUAAUGUGCCACCUUCAUUUGAUAUAGUGCGCUAG